CAUGAACCAGCUGUGUGACCUUGGGCAAGUCUCUCGAGCUUCUCUGUGCCUCUGUUUCCUCCUCUGCAAAAUGGGACCGAGAGCAGUGCCUGUCUCAGGGUUGUGCGGGAGGUAAGGGUUAAGGAAGGUACUGUGUGUAAAGCGAUCAUGACACAUGGUUACCACUCAGCAACUGUUUAUAUUGGUACUGAUUGUUAACGUCGUAUCAGUUUUUCUUGUUUACGUGUUUAACACUUGCUCUUACCUGUAAAAAGUCUGAGUUGGAUGCGAUGGUGUUCAUUCAUCUGUUUCUCUUACCACCAUUUAUGAAGAUGGUGCACAUAGGACUGAAUGGAGGGGCUUCUGGGGGGCAUGAAAGGAGAGUGGCCUGGGUUCAGAUCCUGCCUCAGCUCUUUGCCACCUCACGACGGAGGCUCCCGGAGCUUCAGCUCCUCCUCGGUGAAAUGGGGAGAGAAUGACACCUACCUCGCUGUACUGUUCAAAGAUUCAAUAAGACCCCUAGGCCGAGUGCCUGGCCCAGGGUGUGGUGCUACCUUGUGUGUAUAAUCGCCGGUAUUAUUUUGCCUUUUCAGUCUCUUCUCCACAGGCUGAGUUUGAUGGUUAAACAGGUUUUUUCCUUGAACUUGAGGGGUCCCUUGUAGUAUUGCAGCCCAAGCCACGUGUGGAAAAGGGCUGGUGGCCUCCAUGCGGCCCCUUGGCCAUCGAGGGCACUCUGCAAGCUCUGCGUCCAGUGGGACGUGGGCGUGGAGGGUAGGGGGGCUGCAUGGCCUGGUUCAGACAGUCUUUGGAGACCCUGAGACAGGUUACUGCCCCCGGUGACCCCCUUCUGCACCCGUGAAAUGGGAUGAGUGAGGGCGAGGCCAUGCGGGGGGAGGCUGAUGGCCCCUGGCCCCUGCCGACUAACUGAUGUACUGUUCUCUCCCCCAGAGACUGAUGGAGAGGCAGAGACGGAAGGCGGACAUCGAGAAGGGGCUGCAGUUCAUUCAGUCGACUCUACCCCUAAAGCAAGAAGAAUAUGAGGCCUUUCUGCUCAAGCUGGUGCAGAACCUGUUUGCUGAGGGCAAUGACCUGUUCCGGGAGGACUGCAAGCAGGCCCUGGCGCAGUACAUGGAGGGGCUGAAUGUGGCCGACUACGCCGCCUCCGACCAGGUGGCCCUGCCCCGGGAGCUGCUGUGCAAGCUGCAUGUCAACAGGGCCGCCUGCUACUUCACCAUGGGCCUGUAUGAAAAGGCGCUGGAGGACAGCGAGAAGGCGCUGAGCCUGGACAGCGAGAACAUCCGGGCGCUGUUCCGCAAGGCGCGGGCCCUCAACGAGCUGGGGCGCCACAAGGAGGCCUACGAGUGCAGCAGCCGCUGCUCGCUUGCCCUGCCCCAUGAUGAAAGCGUGACUCAGCUUGGUCAGGAGCUGGCUCAGAAGCUUGGGCUGCGAGUUCGGAAGGCGUAUAAGAGGCCCCAGGAAUUGGAAACCUUUUCUCUGCUCAGUAACGGCACUGCAGCUGGUGUGGCAGAUCAGGGAACUUCCAAUGGACUGGGGUCCAUAGAUGACAUCGAAACAGACUGCUACGUGGACCUGCGAGGCUCCCCGGCCCUCCUCCCCUCUACCCCUACGAUGCCCAUGUUCCCGCAUGUUCUGGACCUGCUGGCCCCCCUGGACAGCAGCAGCAGGGCCCUGCCCAGCACCGAGGGCCUGGAUGACUUCUCCGACAGGGACGUCUUUGGUCCUGAGCUGGACACCCUCCUGGACUCACUGACUCUGGUCCAGGGUGGCCUGCCUGGCAGCGGUGUGCCCAGCGAGUUGCCCCAGCUGAUACCUGUGUUCCCUGGUGGGACCCCACUGCUGCCCCCUGUAGUGGGUGGGUCCAUCCCCGUCUCCAGCCCGCUGCCCCCUGCCUCCUUUGGCCUCGUCAUGGACCCCUCCAAGAAGCUGGCUGCCUCUGUGCUGGAUGCCCUUGAACCCCCAGGCUCUGCACUGGACUCCCUGGACCUGCUGCCAUACUCAGAGACCCGGCUGGACGCCUUAGACAGCUUCGGGUCGACCCGGGGCUCCCUGGACAAGCCCAGCUCCUUCAUGGAGGACACCAAUUCACAGGACCAUCGUCCCCCCAGCAGUACCCAGAAGCCAGCCCCCUCGCCAGAGCCCUCUAUGCCCAACACCGCCUUGCUCAUCAAGAACCCCUUGGCUGCCACCCAUGAGUUCAAGCAGGCCUGCCAGCUCUGCUACCCCAAAACAGGCCCCAGGGCUGGCGACUACACCUACCGUGAGGGCCUGGAGCAUAAGUGCAAGCGGGACAUCCUGCUCGGCCGGCUCCGGAGCUCCGAGGACCAGACCUGGAAGCGGAUCCGGCCCCGGCCCACCAAGACCAGCUUCGUGGGCUCCUACUAUCUGUGCAAAGACAUGAUUAACAAGCAGGACUGUAAGUACGGGGAUAACUGCACCUUCGCCUACCAUCAGGAGGAGAUCGACGUGUGGACCGAGGAGCGGAAGGGCACCCUCAACCGCGACCUGCUCUUUGACCCGCUGGGGGGCGUCAAGCGCGGCAGCCUCACCAUCGCCAAGCUCCUUAAGGAGCACCAGGGCAUCUUCACUUUCCUCUGCGAGAUCUGCUUUGACAGUAAACCCCGGAUCAUCAGCAAAGGCACAAAGGACUCUCCGUCCGUCUGCUCCAACCUGGCUGCCAAGCACAGCUUCUAUAACAACAAGUGCCUGGUGCACAUCGUCCGCUCCACCUCCCUCAAGUACUCCAAGAUCCGCCAGUUCCAGGAGCACUUCCAGUUCGAUGUGUGCCGCCACGAGGUGCGUUACGGCUGCCUGCGGGAGGACAGCUGCCACUUCGCCCACAGCUUCAUUGAGCUCAAAGUCUGGCUGCUGCAGCAGUACUCAGGCAUGACCCAUGAAGAUAUCGUCCAGGAAUCCAAGAAAUACUGGCAGCAGAUGGAGGCCCACGCGGGGAAGGCCAGCAGCAGUUUGGGUGCCCCACGGACACAUGGGCCCAGCACCUUUGACCUGCAGAUGAAAUUUGUGUGCGGCCAGUGCUGGAGGAACGGACAGGUGGUGGAGCCUGACAAAGACCUCAAGUACUGCAGUGCCAAGGCCCGGCACUGCUGGACCAAGGAGCGGCGGGUCCUUCUGGUGAUGUCCAAGGCCAAGAGGAAAUGGGUGUCUGUGAGGCCACUGCCAUCCAUUCGCAACUUCCCUCAGCAAUACGAUCUCUGCAUCCACGCGCAGAAUGGCCGCAAGUGCCAGUAUGUGGGGAACUGCUCCUUCGCACACAGCCCAGAGGAGAGGGACAUGUGGACGUUCAUGAAGGAGAACAAGAUCCUGGACAUGCAGCAGACCUACGACAUGUGGCUGAAGAAGCACAACCCAGGGAAGCCGGGGGAAGGGACCCCAAUCAGCUCCCGGGAAGGGGAGAAGCAGAUCCAGAUGCCCACGGACUACGCCGACAUCAUGAUGGGCUACCACUGCUGGCUCUGCGGCAAGAACAGCAACAGCAAGAAGCAGUGGCAGCAGCACAUCCAGUCCGAGAAGCACAAGGAGAAGGUCUUCACGUCCGACAGCGACGCCAGCGGCUGGGCCUACCGCUUCCCCAUGGGCGAGUUCCGGCUCUGCGACAGGCUCCAGAAGGGCAAGGCCUGCCCAGACGGGGACAAGUGCCGCUGCGCUCACGGGCAGGAGGAGCUCAAUGAAUGGCUGGACCGGCGCGAGGUGCUGAAGCAGAAGCUGGCCAAGGCCCGCAAGGACAUGCUUCUGUGUCCAAGGGACGACGACUUUGGCAAAUACAACUUCCUGCUGCAAGAGGACGGCAGCGCUGCUGGCGCCACCCCAGAAGCCCCUGCUGCUGCCACUGUCACCGGGGAGUAGGGCCAGGUCUUGGUUGUGGGAGAAGUCCUAGAGUCGGGGGUGGGGAUGGGUCCGAGGGCCUGGUAGAAGGGCCAGGGCAGGCUGGGGGUCAGGGGGCUGCCCUCAUGAGGCAGCCCCUGGCCCCGGAGCCCCACCCAUCCCAUCUGCCCCCACUACCCAGUGUGCAAGCCCGGGUGCACGUGCUGUGGUCUCAAGGCGUCCCAGGGUCUGCAUCCUGCUGAAACCCUGGGCAGGUCCUCCCCCACCCCCAGGGCUCCCGGUUGGACCCCUCCAGCUUCAGCUACAGCUUUAACUUCUGUCUGCUCCUAAAGGGGGCCUGAAGCUCAGGGCUGGGGAGCUUGAGGUCCCUACUUGAAUCUGCAGCAGGAGGGUCCUCUCUGCCCCACCUUCAUUCCACCCCCACCUCCCUGGGGACAGAUCAGGACACAACAGAGGGCAGGAGGCCCCAAUUAGCUUUAAAGUGCAACCCCAGAAUGGAGCUGGGACACUAUACUGGUCACUUACUCUCUGGGGCCUCAGUUUUCCCUCUGGUUGGAAGAGUGGGAGGGGCUGGGCUGGGUAAUCUCUGGAGUCUGCUCUCUAGUGAGGCCACCAGCCCAGCCCCUCUCAUUCUUGAGCCACUGAAUGUAGAUGGUAGAUUCUGAGCCUUUGGCGAUGACCCAACCCAAACCCCCGUUUUGCAGAUAGGAAAACU